GUAGUCUCUUUAUUUGUUGUGUAUUGAAGGUUGAUAACUCCAGCCACAAUGGAUUGGAAGACAUUACAAGGUGUCCUUAGUGGUGUAAACAAAUAUUCUACAGGAUUUGGACGGAUUUGGCUAUCGGUGGUCUUCAUCUUCCGGGUGCUCGUUUAUGUGGUGGCAGCAGAAAAAGUAUGGGGCGAUGACCAGAAGGAUUUUGACUGUAACACCAGGCAACCUGGGUGCACCAAUGUGUGUUUUGAUCAUUACUUCCCCAUCUCCCACAUCAGGCUGUGGGCUUUGCAAUUGAUUUUCAUCUCUACACCUUCCCUAUUAGUUGUCAUGCAUGUGGCCUAUAGGAAAGAAAAAGAAAAAAAAUACCACAUGAGGCACCCAGAUACUAACACCAAACUGUAUGAAGACACUGGGAAAAAACAUGGCGGUCUAUGGUGGACCUAUUUGAUCAGUCUGCUUUUUAAAACGGUGUUUGAAAUUGCUUUCCUGUACAUCCUUCACCGGAUUUAUGACAGUUUUGAUAUGCCUCGUCUCGUCAAAUGUGAGGAAGAACCUUGCCCCAAUGUAGUAGAUUGUUACAUUGCUAGACCAACUGAGAAAAGAAUUUUCACUUAUUUUAUGGUUGGGGCAUCAUCUCUUUGCAUUGUAAUAAGUAUAUCUGAAAUUAUCUACUUAAUCUCUAAAAGGUGUUUCCGGUUUUGUAUGUUGCAUUGUGGGAGAAGAAAAUCAGUACUUGCUAAAGGUAAGACUGACUAUCAUCCCCACAAACUCAUUCAUAUAAACCACUUACCGAAUGGCAAGUCACUGGACUGCAUUCAUGCUUCUGCUCCAGACCUCUCCGCAACGUAAUAUGCCUCUGCCAUAUCUCAGUGCCUCUUUGCUCAAAGAUGACCUCUAAGUGAUAGCACAACAACAUUGAAACUUUUAUCAAUGAUCCAUCACAUCAAAUAGCAACCAUUGCCAACAUUUAAAUUUAAGCUUCCUCAGAUAGCUAGUUAGAGUUCUUUUGUUUGUGGCUGGAUUCUCUUCAAGUGACUUGGACAAACUUAAUCCAGGUCUUAGAGGGAAGGAGUAUAGAUUUUGCAUGAUCUGGGUCUCUGGUGCACAAAGAGUGAUUUGUUGGAGCACAAGCUAGGUAUCCAUAGACAGCAUUGUUCCAUUCUUCUGCUCGGAAGAUAAACAACACACAGAUGUCUGGAAAGUUAACUUGGAGGUCAGAAGAGAAAAAGAAACAUUUCAGGCAAUGAAUGCAAGUUAAUUUAUUGUAAUUUGUUUCUGUCAGGAGUUGAAAGCAGAAAGAAGAUACCAAAAAAGAGCAAAACAAAAGUUUACAUUACCAAUAUUAAUUUUUGAAAAUAGGCUUAAAAAUAUUACCGUUGACUUUAACCAUCUCUUCCAUAUAUUUCUGGUGAAUAAUGCAGUGUGAAGAUGAGUGGUAAAGACUAAAAUAACAAGAUUAAUUCACAUACAUGUGAUUGACAUAAUAUGAUUGUUAAUGCACUUUAGAUGAAUGAUUUAAGUAUCUAAUAACCUUAUUUCUGCUUCAACAUAUUAUCACUGUUCCAGGCAAUAGCAUUGAUAAUGGCAUCAGGGAUUCACUUAUUAAAUUAAGAUUAUUUAACAGCAUUCCUCCUAUAAGCUUAUGAAUGAACAUGACUUCAAAACACUAGGUUAGGAUAACAUUAUAAAGCAUAAAAGGAUGAUAGUUUUUUGAUUGCUGGUUUGAAAGAAUAAUUUGUGACCAUCUUUGCUCAUCACACACAAACAAGAUCAUUUCCAUGCACCUGCUUGGUGUGGAGAUUUUUACAGUUAUAUCUUGAACACAGAGACCUAAAAGACUUUGAAGUUUGUUGAAACAGCCAAGAAUCAAGUUUCUUGUUACAAGAACAUCACAUUAAAUGGCACAUAUUGCAGUUUGAUCCUUCCAAAAAUGAACUUUAGGUUAUUGAAGCAAUUAAGUAACACUCUUAUUUGGAGAGGUGCAUCUAUCAAGAUUUUACCUUGUACAUACCAGACAAAUUGAUCUCUCACAUAAAAAAAAAUUGAAAACCAGAGUAAGACAUGCUGAGAGUGGCAAAACAAGGUAUUUGAGAAGCUAACUGAUGGGGAAUAUCAAGUGGAAAAGUUAGAAUUGCAUAACUAUCCCAGUCCCAAAAUUUAAACCAGAUCAAUGUAAUUUUUUUUUGGUGCUUUUGAAAGAGAAUAGCUUUGGGUAAUGCAGAUUCACUACUCAUCUCAAUAGGACCUGAUUCAUUUCAUGAACAAAUGACAUUUUUGAAGUAUUUUGUUGGCAGAUUUCUGAGUGUAACUUCGAUCGAUAGUUGCUCACUUUUAUCUUCUGCAAACUGCUGUAGCCUGUGUCAAGCAAAUACUGCCAUGCUAUUAAAUAGAUGGUUAUGAAUCUCCAUAAAUGUGUAAGUUUUUAGUUGAUUUAAUAAUGGCUGAAUUUAAGAAAGCAUGUUUACAUAAUACUAAUAUUAAUGCUUUUGAUGUCAAUAUGUGUGAAAAAUGCCUGCUCAGAAGUUCAGACAUGUAUUAAUUCUGGAGGAGGGAGUAGAAUCCCACUUUCACAGACUGUUAAUAGUUGUCCUGUUUACCUCAGCAAACCUUGCUAUUUCUAGAGAGGUUUGUUUUAAUUAGCUGAACAUUGCUCACAACUUGACACAGAAUCUUAAAAGUACAAAUCCAGUAAAAGUGUUGAUAAAGGUUGACAGGAAUUACAGUUGUAACCAUUAACUUGUCCUUGAUAAUGUCUCAAAGUCUUAAAUAGACUUCAGGUUUCAAUGUGGGAUUGUAAAUGGCGAAGCAUACUGUUAGUCCUUACCAUCUGACACAAUUGUUGAAAGUUAGAUAUUUUAAAAUCAUAAUCAGGAGUAUGACUAUGAUUUUAAAGUUUUUUUAAAAAAUGUCAUUGUUCAACUUGACACCCAGGUAUAAAACUGCUGUUGGAAAUUUAUUGAACUUUAUUACAUUUGAUUUUAUGUUGCUUCCACAAACGAGACAUCCGAUUUGCAGUGGCUGUUAUAUUUCUGAGCAGCAAGCUGAGAAACUACCGCUGCCUUUCCUGAGUGAGGGUUCUGUCCAAUAUAACAAUCAGCUUUGGUAGAAGGUAAAUCAGCUCAUAAUAUGUCUGUUUGUCCAGCCCACUGAAGUCAUUUGAAAAGUAAAUCACACAAGCAUGUAUUGGACAGCCUAUAAAUUAUAACAAAUUUUACGACUCCAUUAAUACCAAACAUUUCACCCACUGGUUCUAAAAGAUACCAGUUGCUUAUACAUAUCUUGCACUUUGAGCUAUGGACUAAGGCAGAUUUACCUUCAAGUACUCCUGUGUAAUAAAGAAGAGUUAUUUAGGAAAUCACAUAUGCAAAUAUGAAUUGAUUCUCACAUGCUCAGGGAACAGACCUUUUUAAAAGCAUUCUGUAUGCAAUGAUGUAUAUCCAUUCUGUUGGUUUAUGUGGAUUAAGCAUUUUACCUGUAAAGGUCAAUGUAACUUUCACAUGGAAAUGUCAAUGGCAGCCUAUAUCUGACAUAUUUUAAACAGUUUCCUUGUUCUUGAAUUACCAUGUUACUGUUUAAUAUUUUCCCAUAUUUAUAUUGUAUAUAUUUUGCAACAAAGUGAAGAAUUCAUUAAAUAAGUAUACAAUUUAA